GUAAAAACAAGAUGGCGGGAAUUCCAGUACAAAGCUUCCACAACAACUCUCGUCAGAAAAAAGGGCAAGGGAAACUUAUAUUGUCAAGGGCAGAACAAAUGCUCAUGGCAAUUGUAGACAACUCUGAGGUUGAAGAUUUAUCAAAUGGCGAAGAGUGUGAUCCUGCUGUUGAUGAAUACAUUCCUGCUUUUGACCCAUUGCCUGAUGAUUCUGAAGAUGAUUAUUCACCUCCUGAUUCACCAGAAGAUGAUUCUGAUGAUUAUACACCAUCUGAUGCAGCAGAAGCUAAUCACUACAACAGUAACGAUAGUGACAGCGAGAACAGGAGUGAGCUACCACAAUCACAAGCACGCAAACGCAAGCGUAAACAACAGCAUGGUGAGCUAGAAUCCUAUCCCAGGAAUGAACCUCCAAAUGCUGGAUGUAGAGAUCGUUGGAAAUCUGCUCCUUUCACCCCUGACUUAAUCCAGUUUCAGGGUGAAGAUGAUAGCCUGAAAAAUGAUUGGCAGCCACAGGAUUAUGUGGAGCACUAUAUCGACUCGGAGCUGAUGAAACUGGUGGCUGACUGUACAAAUGCCAUGUCACUGGCUAAGAGUGGGAGAUCUUUCAACACUUCUUUUGAUGAGAUUUAUCACUGUUUUGGGGCAGCAAUCUUGAUGUCUUGUGUACAUUACCAACAAACAAGGAUGUUCUGGUGAAAUGCUCUGCGAGCUCCUGCCAUUAGUGAUACAAUGUCAUGUGAUCGUUUUUUUAAACUGAGGAGCAAUCUGAAAGUUGUCAUUGACAACGAUGUUCCAGGAGACAAGAGAGACAUUGACAAGUUCUGGAGGGUGAGACCCUUUAUGAAUCACAUACUAAAUGGCUGCCACCUUCAGGCUCGACCGCAAUGUGUCUCAAUAGAUGAGCAGAUGAUCCCAUUCACUGGAGCAUGCCCAUUCCGACAGUAUGUGCCAUCAAAGCCCAAUCCAGUUGGAAUAAAGAACUUUCUUCUGGCAUCAGUGGAUGGAAUUGUGCUGGACUUUGAGGUCUACCAAGGUGCAAAGACACUGAGCUCACAAAUUCAAGAUUCUGAGGGAUUGGGUUUAGGAGCCUUGGUUAUCAAAUGUUUGUCUGAAACGUUGCCUGCUGAUACAAAAGUCUAUUGUGAUCGAUUCUUCAUGACCUUACCAGAUGUGGAUCACAUGCUGAAAAAGCGGGUGUAUCUAACUUGGACAGUGAUGAAGAACCGGGUCCCCAAAGCAAUGCUGAAGCUGCCAAGUGACCCAAACCUGAAACGGCAAGGAAGAGGUGCUUCAGCAACAGUCACAAGGGCAGAUGAGCAGCUUUGUGUAGUCAAGUGGUAUGACAAUAAGCCAAUUGUCAUGCUUUCUUCUGCUCAGCUUUGUGUAGUCAAGUGGUAUGACAAUAAGCCAAUUGUCAUGCUUUCUUCUGAACAGUCUGAAGACACCUGCCAGCGAUGGUCAAAGAAGGACAAAAAAAUAUGUGACUGUUACACGGCCAAGCAUUGUGCAAGAGUACAACACCAAGAUGGGUGGGGUUGACCUGUCAGACAGGAUGAUAAGCUACUACAGAAUGAGUGUCCGCACCAAGAAAUGGACAAUUCGUGUUCUGAUGCACUUCACUGAUCUUGCUCUUGUCAACAGCUGGCUGCUGUAUUGCCAAGAUAGUCAGGUACCCCCAGAAAAGCUAUUAUGAAGUUUCUUGAGUUUCGCAUGGUAGUGGCUCAGGUAUUCUUUAACAAGCAUGACGCUCUUAACAAAGAUUCUCAUGUUGCAAAUGCAAUGGGAGAGAACGCACACCCUCAACAGUCAAGGAAAGGAUCUCGGGUCACCCCAGUCCCACAUGCCUCUGUCCGAACAUGUUCUGCUGCCCAUCUGGCUGACCUGAACAAUCCGAUACAUUUCAGAGGGCAGGGCUGCCCUGGGAAAUCCUGUGUGCGGUGUACUAAAUGCAAUGUGUUCCUCUGCUUACAGAAUCAACGCAACUGCUUUGCAGAAUUUCACAAAGGCCGAUAGGGCUGUUCUGGAAGGGAAGAUUGUUUUCUGUAAAGGUGUUUUACACUGUAAUGUUUGAAAAGCCUUAUUUAGGGCCUGAUGUACCCACCUGUUCGCACUUUUGAAAAUUUCUCCAAAAACAGUAAAUUUGUUCUGUAAGGACAGACUGUUGUUGCUGAUGUUUUGCACUUUUAUUGUUAUAAAGCUACAUUUAGGGCCUAAGGUCCAUGCCUCUUUGCACUUUUUAAAAGUUUCUCAAAAGCCAGGAGGACUGUUCUACAUUGACAGAUUGUUCUAAAGGUGUUUUGCACUGAAAUGUCUGAAAAUCCAUGUUAGGGCCGGAUACACACACCUGUUUACACUUUUGAAAGUUUCUCAAAAGCCAGUAGGGCAGUUCUGUAAGGGCAGACUGCUUUUUGCAGAGGUCUUCUGCUGCUUAUACCUUUGUGUAGCCAUGCCAUUUUUUCCUGAAAUACAACAUUUUUAGUCUUUUGUUUUAUGCUCCACUGUUGCAGUGUGAA